AUGGAAGCCACAGCAGAAAUGCGAGAAUCCAUUAUGGCGGAAAUUGAUAACCUUAAAUUACAGCUUGAUCCCCACCGUGAAAAAGCACAAGAAGUUUUCAGCAGCCACCUGGAGCAGUACCAGACCAUAGUUGGACCCAUCGCUGAGGAAUACCAAAGAAGGAGUGAAGCUGAAAUGGCUGCCCUCAAGGCCAAGCUGGAGCCAAUCGGGGAAAAUCUGAGAGAACUAGUACCACGUAAUGUGGAGGAAACCAAGAACGCCCUAAUGCCUAUUUUGGGAUUUUUGAAGUCAAGGGGGGAAACAUGGUUGCAGACAGCAAAGGAGCAUGUUGGCCCCUACAUCCAAGCAUACAAGACUGAGAUCAAGAACUUUGUAAGAAAUACAAAGGAGAGGGCAGGACGGAUCACAGAUGAAGAGUGGACAUCCCUGCGUGAGAAGGUCACAGCACACGGCCAAAAAAUUGCUGAAAAUCUCAUGGAAAUUAAGAGGGAUAUCUUUGGUUAGUCAUCCCUAAAUCCGCUCUACUCUGUUCUUUUAACCCCACCUUUCUAUAUCCAAAAUCCAUUCCACCUUCAUCUCCAUGACAACUUUCAACAAACCUUUGAAUACACUCACACAACCACAUGCUUCACUCUCUACAUGUCAGGCCGAGCUUCUCUCAUGUAUGUGAAUUUACCAUCAUGUGUCCGAAUGAUUCUAUUGUGAUGAGGAAUAGAUCAAUAAACA